CAGCUUAAAUAGAAAAAUAAAAAAAAACCGUUUUUCAGCAUAACAUAACCCAAAAUACCCCGCAUUGUAAACAUCAACAUUAUAAAAAAUUUUGGUCAUUUAAUAAUUAAUUUAGUUUAAUUUAAUUUAAUAAUUAAUAAUGUCAAUGAUCAGUCUGAAGAAAUUAGGACGAGUAAUAGAUGAUCAACUGGAGAAGCUGGAAAGAACUUGGGAAACCCCGCACAUGCUUUUGAGCAAUACUGAAGCUCCUAAUGAGGAAGCGCAAGGUUUGAUUGAAAGUUUUUUGGUUUCUAUUAACAAAGUUCAUGAUGAAUUAAAUGAACUUGUUGAAGAACAAAAAGAAUCAACGGCUGAUGUUGAUCGGUUUAUUAAGGAAUGCGAGGCGAUAAUAAAUGAUUCUAUUAAGCCGGAUUGUGAUGCGUUGGAGGAUUUUCUUCAAAAACACGGUUAUACUCCUCUUCAGAAAACUAGUUUUAACGAGACCCUGGUAUCAGAAUUAAGUAUUUUAAAGGACGAAGAACUGGAAGAGAGAACUCAAAAUUUGUCGUUGCUCGAUGACCAAAUAGCCUUUCAUAAUUUCAAGAAUUACACCGCUCCAGUUGGAAAUGUCAGCGAUUAUGAUUAUGAAGAUGAAGAUAAUAUUAAUCAGGAACUCGGUGAUAAGGAAAACGCUGAAAAAUCAAAACCUACCUGCAUUCCAACACCGGUGAUAAGACGCUUGACUCGAGUCAAGAAUCAGGAUGUUAAUCUGACCCCGAGCAUGCUUCCUAGAGAACCGAUUUAUUCACCGUAUUUCAAUCCUAGAGCAUAGUUUAUAAAUUAUAUAAAUAUUUUUGUAUUAUUCAUAGCUUUAUAAGUCAUUUUUAU